UGGCAGCACCACAGCGGAGCCUGUGUGGCCCACUCCGCCUGGAGCAACCGCAGCUGAUGGAGAGCUGGUGACCCCGUGCCUGGUGGCCCUCUGCUGCCAACUCCCAGGAGAGGCCAUGUUCCACGGCAUCUGAAGGCUUCAAGUACCUUCCACAGCCCCAGGCAAGAGAAAGAUGGGGAACAGCCUGAAAUCCACACCUCCGCCUUUGGAGAGGCCAUUACCUGGCACCGAGGGACUUGAAAGCGACUUUCUGGCUGUGCUGAAUGACUACCCAUCUCCUGACAUCAGCCCCCCGAUAUUCCGGAGAGGAGAGAAACUGCGUGUGAUCUCUGAUGAAGGGGGCUGGUGGAAAGCCAUUUCUCUCAGCACCGGCCGGGAAAGUUAUAUUCCAGGAAUGUGUGUGGCCAGAGUGUACCAUGGCUGGCUGUUUGAAGGCCUGGGCAGGGACAAAGCCGAGGAGUUGCUCCAAUUGCCAGAUACGAAGAUCGGUUCCUUCAUGAUCCGAGAGAGUGAAACAAAGAAAGGUUUCUACUCGCUGUCGGUCAGACACAGGCAGGUGAAGCAUUACCGCAUCUUCCGCCUGCCCAACAACUGGUACUACAUCUCACCGAGGCUCACCUUCCAGUGCCUGGAGGACCUGGUGACUCAUUAUUCUGAGGUGGCUGAUGGUCUAUGCUGUGUGCUCACCACACCCUGUCUGGCACAGAACACACCUGCAUCGACAGCUCGUUCAUCACCGUGCACCACCUCUAGUUCACCUGUCACCUUGCGCCAGAAGACCUUUGACUGGAAGAGGGCAUCCAGCAGAUUGCAGGGCGAUCCAGAAGGGGCAGAGAACCCACUCAGCGUGGAUGAAUCCCUUUUCAGCUAUGGUCUCCGGGAAAGCAUCGCAUCCUACCUGUCCCUGACAGGGGAUGACACCAGCUCCUUUGACCGGAAGAAGAAGAGUCUCUCCCUAACUUACGGGGCCAGCAAACGUAAGAGUUCCUUCUUCGCAGCGCCCCAGUACUUUGAAGAUUAAUACCCUGGCUGGUAUGCAAAAGACAAAGGUUUUGACUGCCACCUGAGGUCUUGUGGAAACCUGAGUUCUCUACUCCUUGGUCAUCUUGAGUCUUCGAGGAACCAAUGGAAGUCACGCAGAGACUGCUUUUACACAGUGACCAGAGGAACUCUUCCCUGGUGUUGGAUCAGUUCUGUGGAGCCAGAUCAUGUUUGAAUCACGAUAUAAUGAGUCAGUGCUUUAAAGAGCCAUGUGUGUAUGAGUGUGUGUGUGUAAGGUCACUCUUGAAAGAGAGUGGGAGGAGACUGUCUCCAGCUCACAGUCCAAAUGGCCCACCUCUGAGAUCCUGCCGACAGCAUCCAUCUGAGAAAGAGCACGAGGAAGAUGGCUUCUUAGGUCUGCAGAAUAACCUUUACCUGGAGCAGAGUGACCUUUAAAGGACCAGUGAGACCUUUGGCCUAUGUCUCCUCUCUUCCUAAGGGACCUGCGACACUAACCACUAUCCAGAAGGACUUACAGCUCUGAUCCAAGCGGGACCUUCUGCAUUCAGGUGCACCAAAGCCACAUAGGUAGGAGUCAUGGGAGAGUGUAGGUCAGUGAAGGAGCAGCCGGGAAAGGCAGGCGGCAGCUCAGCUGCACUAACUUCUGAGAUAAACAGAAUUGCCUCUUUAUAUCAAAGGUCUCCUCUAGCCACUGGGGUUCUGUGUUGUUCCAGAACCUGCAUUCCCUCAUGCCUAUUGGCAGAGGCCACUGUGCUGAGGUUAAAUGGGAAUAAAGGAGGCAUGUAUAGCAUCCCUUAAUGUUGGGCUUCUAGCAGGGGGCAGAGAGACGGGCAGAACAGCAGAAUGGAACAGUGGUUGAGAAACAGGAGGAAGCCUCAUGGUUAUACACUGGGACAAGUAAGGGUUACCCAAAAGUCUCUUGUUUCCAUGGAUCUGGUGGAAAUGCAAAGACUGUUGGACCAAGUAGAUUAGUAAGGUUAGGUUUUUUUUUUUUUUUAAAGGAGACUGAUGGGCUUUAAUGAAUUAAUUUAUCCUGUAUAUUUUAAUCUAAGAAGGGCUGGCAUCUGCAUGAAUAAGAAUGCCCAUUUCUGGGGAAGGGGGGCUGGAGAAGCUGAAUGCUGCCAUAUAAGAUUGAGAGGCGAGAGAAAACUCACAGGGCACUCAGGAAAGAGAAGCCUCCAUCCGGUCUCAUGCCUACCUCUUGCCUGGCUGGGAUGCAGGCUAGCUGUGGCUCAUUCCUCCCUGUUUAUCAAAGGUAUUCUCGGUAAGAGGAAUGAAGGGGGGAUCUGCCACCCAUCCUGUGCACAUGCCUGACUCAUCCCGCAAAGGGAAAAGCAUAUGCAUUGACAUGACUUCAUCUAUUGUCCUGUCCAGUGUUUUAUACCAGGAGGCUUGUACGGUCUCCUAGGUCUCCCCCAAAGGUUAUUUCAAGGAGAUUGGCCAGUGUGAGAGAAAGACAUGUCACACAAGGUCAAUGACUUCUGCAUGAGGCCAUGAUCUCCAGCUCCUGAUACGUCAGCUCACUAUCUUCUAUGCUGUCUUCUGUUGUGGUCAAUGUGAUUGGAACUUUGGGAGUACUUCUAAGUGGGAAGCAUUAUACUUUGCUUAAUCAUGUAUUUAUUCCUGAUUAAAGUAAAACACACUUAUUUAACCUUG